AUGGCCUGUGACCGCCUUGCUGCCAUCCGAAAAGCCCUGCACACUGGGACCCUCCUAGGUGGCAGAGCUUGUGUCCACACGGCAGCAGCUGCCUUGGGCCAGGGGGUUGCCCAGCCCAGCAGCACCGGGAAAGGCCACCACGCCCAGCCCCGUGGCAACCAGCCACUCUGUGACAUCACCCCCGGGGCCAAGGGCAUCCUGAGCAACGCGAGUUCGGGGGGCAGUAUCAUCCAGAAUCCCUGGCAAGCGGGCACGGGUCAUACCUGCGGAGGCUCCCUCAUCAGCGCACAGUGGGUCCUGACAGCAGCCCACUGCUUCAUCGAGGCCAGCUACAUCACCAUGUGGCGCGUGGUGAUCGGUGCCACGCGGCUGACUCAGCUGGGCCCUGAGGCCCAGGUGCGCAACAUCAAGCGGCUGCUCCUUCACCAAGGCUACAGUAACAUCACGCAGAGGAACGACAUUGCCUUGCUGGAGCUGGACCAGCCUGUGCAGUGCAACGCCUACGUUCAGCUUGCCUGCGUGCCCGAUGCCUCGCUGAGAGUCUCGCAGCUGAAAAACUGCUACAUCAGCGGCUGGGGUGCCACGACUGCAAGAUGUGAGUACCGCGGAAGUACUCCUGGACGAUCAACGGAUGUGCUGCAGGAGGCCCAGGUCCGCCUCAUUGAUGUCAACGUCUGUAACAGCAGCCGGUGGUACAGAGGGGCCAUCCACACGCACAACGUCUGUGCUGGCUAUCCGCAGGGCGGCAUUGACACCUGCCAGGGGGACGGCGGUGGGCCUCUCGUGUGCCAAGACAGCAGUGCAGACUACUUCUGGCUUGUUGGUGUCACCAGCUGGGGGAGAGGCUGUGCCAGAGCCAGGCAGCCCGGAGUCUACACCUCCACUCAGCACUUCUACGACUGGAUCCUGCUACAGAUGGGCCUGCGCCCAGCAGCGAGGGCUACUCCAACAGCACGCGCUUGGGGUCAUUUUGUCACCACCUCAAGCCCCGUUCCGAGGCCAAGGCCCACAGCAGCGCAGUCGGGCGGCUCCUGCCCAUUUCCAGUCCAGAAGCUGCUGGACUUCUUUAGCCGGCUGCAGGAGCUCCUGCAGUACCUAAGGGGAAAAACGGUGUGA